AAUAAUAAUAAUAGUGGAUACAGAGAGAAGCGUUGCGUAGGAACAUAUGUACGUGAAAUGAGAAAGAGUUGUCUUCGAAUUGACUCCCACUCUUGCCAAACCCUACGAUAUUCUCUGUCCCCCACUUCUGGCACCCAGGACCUACAAUCUACAAUCUCCUCAUUGCAACAGCACAUCAAGUACAUGUUUCAAUUGCCGAACCGGUUUCAUUAAGCACACACCAUGGCCACAAGCAAGUUAGGAAAAAUUCUCUUUACCCGUAUGCGAAAAUUUAAUCAACAUACUUCACAGUUGGCGUCAACAAUCAAAUUUUAUUCUACUCCAUCCAGUGAUUAUGAAUUUCUCAAGGUUCAAAAGAGUGGAGAGAAACAAAAUGUUGGACUGAUCACCCUCAACAGACCGAAAGCUUUGAAUGCAUUAUGCGAUAAGUUAGGAAAAGAAUUGGGUAUUGCUAUUGACAAUUUCAAUAACGAUGCAAGUAUUGGUGCUAUUGUUCUCACAGGAAGUGAAAAAUCCUUUGCUGCAGGAGCUGAUAUAAAGGAGAUGAUGAACAAUACCUUCGCAGAGAACAUAAAAAGGGCAUUUUUGGAAAAUUGGGAUCGCGUCGGCAACUCCAGAAAGCCAAUUAUUGCAGCUGUUAAUGGUUAUGCGUUAGGUGGGGGCUGUGAAGUUGCAAUGAUGUGUGACAUUAUCUACGCGGGAGAUAAAGCCAUUUUUGCCCAACCGGAAAUAAAUAUUGGAACAAUCCCUGGAGCUGGAGGAACUCAGAGAUUAACCAGGGCUAUUGGUAAGAGCAAAGCGAUGGAAAUGGUCCUGACGGGUUGUCAAAUGACGGCUGAACAGGCGGAGAAGAGUGGACUGGUUAGCAAAGUUUUCCCAGCUGAUAAAGUCCUAUCCGAGGCUAUCAAAACCGCUGAGAAAAUAGCAUCGCAAUCUCAAGUAAUUGUUCUCAUGGCGAAGGAAAGUGUCAACAAAGCCUACGAGACAACGCUCAAAGAAGGACUUGUUUAUGAGAAACGAAUGUUCCAAGCUACUUUUGCAACUGACGACCAGAAGGAAGGUAUGACUGCUUUCAUGGAGAAGCGGUCUCCCAAAUUCACCAACAAGUAGAGAUGAAAAUUUUACAUUUUUAGCCCUCGGUUAAAAAGCAUUAAUUAUUUUUAUACAUUUUAUAAACGUGAUCGAAUAAAUAGAUCCAAUUUGUUGCA